AUGGGCCAAUGUCCCCCACCUCGCAGCGGCCCUGCACCGCUGUCACAAUAUGGCUUUUGAGGGGCAAUCCAGUACAACAAUAAUACUGCAGAUGUACUAAUAGUGUAAUAUGGGUAACAGCCCUUUAGUUAAAGAUUUCUCCUGUUUUUACUCAAAUUGCAGAUGUAUUAUGCAGCAGAGUUAAGGACAUAGGAAAGUGAAAUGAGACAACGGAGCUUCAGGAUAUGGAAUCUCCUCUAUGACGAAUAUGGUGUUUCAUUCACGCGAUUAACAUGAAGUCAGCUGAUUUCUCUCUUUCUUUGGACCGUUGCCCAGAAUCUUGCACUGACACAAUACCAGAGACUUCCACUGUAAACUGGACAAAGGGUAGAGCAGCUUCAGCAGAAGAGUUUGAGAGUUCCCCUUCCCCGUGGCAGAGCAGUCCAGAGACCGCACUGCCGGACUGCGGAAACAUGGACCUAAAGCUCCUGGAAAAAAAAGGCAGUGUGACUGUGUUUAUGAUACCACAUUCACUGUCUGCAGUUACAAGAAUAAUAGCACAGCUACUGAAAUGAAAGUUGUGGCCAGGCAGCAGCUGGGUGUUGGUGCAGGUCCUGGUGCUCAUGGGGUGCUUGCAGAGCACACAGCUGCAGCCAACUGCUAGUGAAAACACUUCACGCUCCAUCCUUGGCCUCCUGUCUGUUGCACCCAUUCAAGAGGACAGUGAUUGCAGAAGAACCCGAGAUUUGAGACUGUCUCUCUUCCCCAAGCCAUGGUGGAAUUAUUGCUUCACUUUCAAAUGUGUCCAGUGCUGAAAAGAAGUCAUGGCAAUAUUCAAGGUUACCGUUUUGCUGAUUGGAAAACUGUGUUUUAUGAAUGCUUGGAAGAAUUGUGCUGUUGUGUCAUUUCAUCAAGAAGUUAUUUGUUGCUGGAAAUGUUAUUUAAAGGCUUAAUCGAAUGAGGAAAUACCUCUGCUAUUGCAGGCCAAAGUCUCUUAACUUUUUUUUUUCACUUCAUCUUUUUGAUGCUGACUGAGUGGAUUUUUUUAAUUCUAUUGAAACAGUUCAGAUUUUGCUCAGACCUCCUUCAAACGUCUUCAGAUGCAGGUAUGAAUCUCUUUAAGGAGAUCUUACCUAGAGUAAGGAAUAUUCUUUCAACUGCUACAGCUUCUGAUGACCGCGCAUUGCUUAACCUCAUGUUGAAGGAAGAUGUGAUAUCCAAGGAGUACCAUCAAGCCUUGCUCCAUGAAAAAGACAGAGAGGACCUUGCAAGGAAGAUAUCUCUGACCUUUAUGGAAAAAUGGGACCUGUACUUGAACACUUUGGUUCCCCUCUGUUGUUUAAACCUCUGUGGCAGUAAGCCUCAAAACAUGACAGAUAAUGAGCCAACAGGAAGCAAGUACAUUUCUGACAGCAAGAGACAAAUCAUGGAUUCAGCAUUUGUGCCUGAAAGUGGCUGUCUUGAUUUGCUGCACAGUGAUACUUAUCCAUUGCAUCUGUAUACUCUCCUUGAUCCAAAGUUAUCUGGAAAUGAAGAGGGUGACUUCUCUGCAGAUCCUGAUGUUGAUGCCAGCAACUAUGAUCAGUUCAAUAAUAUGGAUUUCCUGUGUACGAUGGAAAAUGCUGAAAAUGUGGAUGAAUGGUAUCUCUGUUCCAAUACCAGAGAAGCUUAUGCUAGAAUAGCUGAAUUAGCAGAAUAUGUGCUCAAAGAUCAGCAGGAGAAGCAGGUGGAAGACACUUUUGCAGGGAGCCUUUUGGAUGAAAUGGCUACUGAAAACACUGAGAAAUUUACCGACAUAAAGGUGCAGAAAUGUCACAAACGAACCUUCUUAGGCUCUGCAGAGGGUUGCUCUGAAGCUUCAGAACCCAAAUACAAGAAAAUUGUGGAAGUCCCUGCAGUGUCUGCAGGGAAUGGCAAUUUCUUAGCUAUGCCUCUCAACAGUCAUCCACCUAGAUCCACCUCGCAAACUAACCAUCACGGGUCCUUUUCUGUUCCUGCUACCAAUGCGUUGGAAAGAAGUUUCAUAAUUCCUGGUAUUAAUUAUUCUGCACUCAUUUCAGGAUCUUCAGCGCUGGAGUGUCUACCUGCCGGCGUGAAAGGGAGCCAAGAGAAUACAGGCUUUGCAGAUCCUCCUCAGCAGAUACUUAACUUCGUUCUUGGAAAUGGCACAUCUGAUGUUAUAAUAUAUCCAAUGCUGACUUCUUCCACCCAAACAUUGAUAUCCCCAAGUUUUCCAGUUAGUUUAUGUGGUUUAGAAAUGUUCAAAGAAGUCCGCGUUCCCAUAAUUUCUUCUGAAGAAACUUUCAAAAGACCAAAGUCAGUGGAAGCUUUCUGUAUAUCACUUAUGGAUUAUUUCCAAGAUGUGUGCAAAUCUGUGGCCAUGGAGCGUGAAGUAACUCUUGAUCACCUGUUUAUUGAUGGAACAUUUGUUCAAAGCCAAACUGAAACCAAGACUGGGAAGAAUAGCAUAAAAGCAAUGGAAAAGGAGCUGGUAACUUGCGGUCUGCAAGGGAAGGAAAAGGCAGCCCUUAAAAGAAGCCAAAUAUUUCAAAUCCCAGGAGGUAAAGACUCAGAGACUAAAGUGAUUGUUGUGCUGGGAAAAGCAGGAAUGGGCAAAAGCAUUCUUGUUCAGAAGAUCUGCCAGGACUGGUCCAAUGGAGAGUUUUCUCAAUUUGAGUUUGCGUUUUGGUUUGACUGCAAACAAAUAAGCUUGCCUGAGAAACGAUACAGCCUGAAGGAUCUGCUUCUUGAAUUUUUUGUAAAACCUCAAGAGGGAAGCAAAGAGAUCUUUGAGUAUAUAUUGCAAAAUCCUACUAAAGUCCUCCUGCUUUUUGAUGGUUUUGAAGGGUUGCAUGAUCAUGAGAAUUUUCCUCGUUGCUCAGCCAGUCAGCCUGAAAAAGACUUGUGCAGUAUAAAGGAGCUGCUUUCAGGACUCAUCCAAAAGAAGAUACUCAAUGGUUGUACUUUAUUACUUACAGCAAGACCAAAAGACAAGGUGUACCAGUAUGUGUCCAAAGUGGAUAAGACUAUUGAAAUAGUAGGAUUUUCCCCUCAGCAGAGAGAAUUAUACAUAACCAAAUACUUUGAAGGAUUACCCUACUGUGAUAAUGCACUGAAAUUAAUCAAAGAGUGUGAGUACUUGUUCAGUCAUUGUUACAGCCCUCUUAUGUGUAGAUUUGUUUGUUUUCUCUGUGAGACAGUACUUGAAAUGGGAGACAAAAGCCUUCCUUCAACUCUUACUACAGUCUUCCUGAAAUUUGUUCAGCAAAAGAUAAUAUCUAUGAAAACAGAUGUUACAGCCAUGCAAAAUCAAGAGAGUCUUGCUACGUUAGCCCGUAUAGCCUGGUAUCUUGGAGAAAAGCACCAAAAUGCCGUGAAAAGUAACCUUCUUCCUUCUAAGGAAGUUAAAGAGUUUGCUCUGAAACAUGGAUUUUUCCUGCCAUUUGCAUUCCCCAGACAUUCAGAUAGUGAAGAAGAGGAAUUUGGGAGCACGUUCUCUGAUUUUGUCAUUCAGAAUUUCUUGGGUGCGCUUCACCUUAUGUUAGCAGAAGAGAUCAAGGAUAAAAGUCUAAUAAAGUACCUGUCUUUUCCAUCCAAGAAGAAAAAACCUUAUAACUGGUUAGAUUUAGUGCCUCGAUUUUUGGCUGGAUUGUUGUUCCUGCAGGACGACCCCUACUUCUGCUCCCUUUCAAAUGAGGAUGUAAAACAAUCAACCAAGAAGCAGAAAACACUCUUGAAAUAUAUUAGAAGGCUGCAGAUAAAUGAGCUCUGUCCGGAGAGGUUACUCGAUCUUUUACAUUGUAUUUAUGAAACACAAAGCAACUAUCUUUUGCAGCAUGUGGCCUUAAGGCUCAAGACAGACCUGUCUUUUCUGGGCGUAGUUCUUACACCACCUGAUGUCCAUGUACUGCACUAUAUUUUAAAAAGGUCAAGAAAAGAGUUUUCCUUGGAUUUGUGGAACAGCAGCAUUGACAUGCAAGGGCUAAAAGACUUGGUUGGCCUAAAGAAUGUGGCAUCGUUCAGGGCCUCCCUCAGUGAUACAGUCAGGCUCUGGAAAUCUUUAGAACAAACAAAAGACUACGAGCUGCUGAGAGCAUCAACAGAGAAAUUUGUUCUUGAUCCCUUUAAGGCAAAGACAAUGAAGGACAUCAGUGACCUUUCAGACCUUGUAGAGAUGCAGGAGAAGAUGAUCAAUUGUGUGCAAGAUGCAUCUGGUUGCAGCAGCUAUGAAAUUCCUGCCAUCAAAAACCUCAGAAAACUAGAAUUUGCGCUGGGUCCGGUAUGCGGCCUUCAGGGAUUCCUAAAACUUGUGGAAAUUCUUGCAGCCUUUCCAUCACUUCAGCAUUUAGACCUUGAUGCUCUGAGUGAAAAUGGCAUAGGAGAUGAAGGAGCAAAGAGUCUGUCUGAAGUCUUUCCAACCCUGACAUCACUGGAAAUACUGAACUUAUCGCAGAAUAAGAUAACAGAUGUGGGUGCAGAGAAACUAGCUACAGCUCUUCCUUCCUUGUCUUCAUUAAAGACACUAAGCUUAUACAAUAAUAACAUUUGUGAUUUUGGAGCAGAAAAUCUUGCGAAAGUUCUUCCUGCGAUGUCAUCCUUAAGAGUGCUAGACGUUCAAUAUAACAAAAUAACUGGUGUUGGAGCCCAGCAGCUGACUGACAGCUUACGAAAAUGUCCCCAUAUAAAGAACUUGGUGAUGUGGAAUCCCACCAUUCCCUAUGGAGUUCUCGAACACCUUCAGCAGCUGGACUCUAGGAUCAGUGUGUAGAUUCAGAUGAUCCCAUAAAGGUAACAUAAAGAAGAGGGGAAGGCGUCCUCUGUGUUUUCCUAUCUUCUUGCUGCUUUAUGAAUCAGUGGCUGAUUUUCAUUAUAGUGGCAAAAUGAAAAAAAAAAAAGUCACUUUUAAGCUUCUGGGUGAUGCUUGAAGUAGGUGAAUGACGGAGUUCAAAUUUUUUAAAACUCAUUUAAAAUGCUAUUCAAAGACCCAGUUGUGUUUCUACUGAUGUGAUGAAGCAUUAAGAAACAUUGAGUUUCAAAGAUGAAAAAAGCAUCUGGAUAUUGUGAUCACCUUUAAAGGUGACCAGGAAUCACCAGGACAUUGGUAGUAUAAAAUUCCAUCAUCGAUUCAUCAAAGAGUAGACUGCAAGUUGCUGGACCUGCAACAUCUGAGGGAGUGACAGAUCAAACCUAAUUGUUUCAUGGUGCCAGUAGUAACUGUGAUCAAAUUUGGUUUGAUGAUUUUGGACUUCCAAAGCUCAACGUUGCUGAUUUCACCUUGUAUCUGGACUGAUUUGAAGCACUGGGGUCAGGAGCAUAAAUAAGAAUGAUCAGUCAUAGAAGACAGUCUGAUAUUGUAAGAUUAUCCACGAGAAUCCAGAAGCAGCCCUUUUCUUGAUGCUAAUCACCAAUGUUGUCUUAAGGGAUAUCUUAAGGGCUAUCACUCUCUUGUUACAGAAUCCUUCCAAAAGACGCGGGGCGGGGGGAAGGGGGGAAGAAGUAAACAGAAGAAAUGAAUUAAAACUGGAAAACUAUUAAGGAUUUUUCUGACAUUAUCACAGAAAUCCAAAUGCAUAAAAAUAGCUUCAGUUCAUUACACAAAAAUCCCCAAAGUGACAACCUUUAAAGGUUUUUACUCCAUCUCAAAUGUGAACUUUAAAUUCUUAUACCUGGGUUAGGAUUUAGUUUCUCACUUGCAAGUGGCAGCAUAAAUGUACAAGCAUCGAUUUUAUACUUGACAGUGAAAUCACUACUGUGUGCGAUUUAUGUGGCCGCCUUUUACAGAGCUAUGAAUAACUAGGCAAUGACAGACAAUAACAUAUUUCAAAGCAUUAUCAUGUGUCUGUGCUGAUAUGUGGGCCAGUGAUCAAUCAGUGAUAUGUGGGCCAAAUACUGGCCCUGCUGGCUGUGAUAGCGAACCAAUUGUCUCCGUUUUUCUUUUAUUUCAGCUCUGUGAACACAGAGAGAACUUGUAAUCAUACAGAGACAGUUGUCAGGAACUUAACAUUCUGUCUCCCUGUCCAGGUACAACCCAGAGACAGAAAAACAAAUAGGGAUGGAAAAAAACUAGAAAUAUUCAAUAUGCUACAAACUGAGAAGGGAGGUUUCUCCUUCACGGUUAGCUCAGGGUUAGCUCAACAACCUCCUUGAAAUCUUUUCUGCUAGGAAGCACUGACAAUACUGACCUAAGGAUUUAUGCAAACUAGAAUCUCUCAGCGAACCUCUCAAAUACUCUGUUACUUGGUUUUUAAAAAGUCCCUGAUUUUAAACAGUUCAAACCCACAAUCUUUAUUUUCUUUCAAGCAAAUUAUACUUCUUUGCUAAAGUUUCAGUGCCUGCAGAAUCCUGGCAGCAGGGAUGGAGGGUGGACAAAUUAAAGAAGGGAAGGAAGGUCUGGUUUGUUGUUUCUGUUAAUCAAAGGAGAGCAAGGAACCAGACCUAGUACGAGAAGGCAACAGUACAAGACAGCAAGGUGGAAACACUCUACGGAGAGUAAGAUUGUAACUAGACAAUGAUAUUUUUCUUAACUAUCCACGUGGUUCUUCUCUCUAGCCAAGCUCUAGCCAGAGUCCAUGGAAAAAAAUCUCAUUUACAUCCCCCUCUUUCAGCUGCUUGAAUGGGAGGUAGUUUGAGCCAAAUCUUGUGUGAUGUUCCCAUCAGCCUGCGGCACUCCAGCCAUGCAGAUCUAUGGUGAGCCCUCGUCUUGGCUUCCCUUAACUAAGCUUUGGGUGAGAAAUGCCCCUUUAGGGAUAUAUUCUGCAGCUACGCUUCACUGUAACUGAAUCUGGGAACGUGCUAAAUAUUACACAGGCAGCUAAAUGUUACAGGACACUGUCUGGACUGAUAAAAUCGUGUUGGGAAAACUGCUGUUGUAAUAUUUGUAUGAGUUACUGCGAGAUGUAUGUUUAUAAUGUACAGGUUGUAAAUUGUGAUACAAUGUUUUGGUUGUCUUUAUACAUCUUUUUUGAAGUAUUAAUAAA